AUGAAGAGUGUGGUUGAUGGUUUUACCUUUUUGGACGUUGGUCAUAUCCUUCGAAAGUCCGCUUCCACCAGCAUCUCGCACCAGCAUCCACCACAGUCGUGCCAACUCCACCACGAUGCAACACCACCUCCAUCAAUGCUAUGGCCCGCCUGUGCCUCCUCAAUAUCACGUGUUCAGCGCCAAGCCAAAUCUACAGCAACCUCUUAUACGAACGACCUCUCAACCUCUCAUAUUCGCGGGCCUCGAUCCAGCCAAGUCGCCCGCGCGACCACACGCCACCAACAUCACGCCGCGAUAUCUACUCCUCACCUUGACUGCAAACGAAAACAACCGUAUGAUGCUGGCACCCCUUCGAUUCUCGAGGCGCGACGCGACAACCGGCAGAUCGAGUGGAGACAGCGAACGCGAAUACAAAGAGCCGCGAACACCAGCUUCGCACAGCUGCAUCCAGGGUGGACAAAGAGCCACGACGAUGGGCCUCACUCCGGUAAGCUGGUCAAGGCGGCUCGCGAACAAGACCUGCAGCAGGUUGGUAUUAGCAUCGCGCGCAAUACUCCUCUCCGUCGUGCCUACCCCCACGACGACACGAACCACGACCCAUCAAGACAGUUCGAUGCCUCCCAAUUUGCGCAAGUCCAGCUAUACUGGAUCCUAGACGCAACUUACACGGCCUCCAUCGCUCUCAGUCUCGGCGCAUACGCCCUUCAUCACGAUCGCACGAGCGCGAGACCGUUGCGCGCCUCUUCCCCAUCCGUCUAUAUUGACAAGCGCCAAUCGAACCCAUCUCGAGGACACAAGGAGUAA